AUGGUUGGUGUCAUCAUGUCCUACCCAGUCAGUGACCAACAUCUCAUGCUCUCUGAAGACAACACGGAAAUAUCUCAAACAUUCUCCAAUGUUAAGAAACGUCUGUUGAGAGAUGUAGACGAGAUGACCAAACAGGGAAUAUUCCUGAGCGAUAUAUUCCCGUACACCGGAGUUCCAAAUGAACUAGGUGCACCACAUCCUGGUAACGUGGAGCAUGGCCAGGGGAAAGAGCUUCAAGCCCAGAGACUAUUGAUGGCAUCGCCAAAGGUCAUGGUAGUAUGUGGAGCGUCCGCAAGACACGCAGUGGAUCAGGUCAUAAGGGCUCAUAAUGAUUGGACCUUCCUCGACAUGACCGAAACAAUCGGAUUUCCUUCAUGUUUUGUUAUUAUCAAUGGUCGCGCUACACUGAUAAUUGCUCAACCCAAUCCAAUAACGGAUAUUUCCUACGCCAACAUUCGUACCAAAUGUGGAUAUAUCUUUGGAACAAGGGCUGCUCUAGUCCGUUCAAUUCUCAAUCGAUCUCCAUUUGUUGACCUACCAGUCCACCCGCCAGCCCUCAUCCCCACACGAAUCAUCACAAUCAACCCCAAAUGCCCAGCCCCGAUCCUCUACGCUAAUGACAACUAUGAUGAGUUUGAAUGGGAGGGUCCUCCAAGAUUCCUUCAGUACCAAAAUCGGAGUAGUGACACAGUUCACUUCAUUACCAGAAGGGAUCCAUUGACAACCGCAUGUGGCCACACCAAAAUCCAAGACCUGGAACCAGCCCAAGAGGUGUAUGAGAGGAACCACCCAAAGAUGUGCGCCAUAUGCCCAACAACUUCCUCUCCAUAUUGGAUACGUGGCCACAACUGA